AGAAAGAAAGAAAGAAAGAAAAAAGAGAGUAAAAAAUGGAGAACAUUGAAAAUAGCAUGGUUACAAUAAAUGAAAAAAAGCUAGAACUACCAGGGUUUAGGUUCCACCCAACUGAAGAAGAACUUCUUAAUCAUUACCUCAGAAAAGUUGUCUCCGGCAAGAAAAGCUUCAACAUAAUCGCCUUCCUCAACAUUUAUCAUCACGAACCCUGGGAUUUGCCAGGUUUGGCAAGGAUUGGGGAAAGAGAAUGGUACUUUUUUGUGGCAAGAGAUAAGAAACAUGGGCACGGUGGAAGGCCAAACAGGACAACCGAGAAGGGUUUCUGGAAAGCAACAGGAUCCGACCGGCAAAUUCGAUGUCCUUCUGAUCCCAAAACUGUAUUUGGUCUAAGAAAGACAUUGGUUUUCUACAGAGGAAGAGCUCCAAGAGGAACCAAGACAGAUUGGGUCAUGAAUGAGUAUCGUCUUCCUCCACAUCAUUACUCUUCCCCUGUUGAGGAAGACAUAGUUCUAUGCAAAAUAUACAGAAAAGCCACAUCCAUGAAGAUUCUUGAGCAAAGGGCAGCGAUGACCACAACCACAACCAUGCAUGUUCCACAACCACAACCACAACCACGACCUCAGCCACCACCACCACAACAAGAUCAAGACUUUUUGGUAACUGCUACGGGCACCGUGGUCGGUGAUGCUUUGUUUCUGAAAACAGAGGAUAUCAUGAUGAGUAAUAGUGUAUGUUCUUGUAAUUCACCAUCAUCGAGAAGAACAGAGGGGUUGAUUGUGGAUGAGUUAGUAAUUCCAGAGCUGGAAGUGCCACAGUAUAACAUGGAUCUUAUGAUGGACCCAUUUUGGAACCAAUUGAGAAGCCCCUGGUUGGGAAAUUGGAGUCCUUAUGCUAAUAUCAUCAACUUCUGAACAACCAAACCUUAAUUUUGAAUCAUAGUCAUCAUCGGGAUUAUAUAUAUUUAACUCCCAAUUUUUCUUUUGCUGUUAUGUAAUAUAGUAUAUCAUAAUUGUAUUUUAUUUUGUUACAUC